UUUUCUGAAUCCUCCCUUGUCUUUUUCUCACUACCCUCCUUUUCUAAUAAAUCAUGCCACCUAAAGAGCCAAAAGAAGAACUUGACCUUGACCAGAAGAAGGCUCAGCUCGCGAUCAAGUUCAACAAUGCCGCGCGUCAGUUCAGUGCUCUUGCCGAAGUGCUUUCCAAGGCUGUCGCCGAAGUACCUAUCGAUGAAUCCACUGUUAACAACCUCACCGAACUUUUGAACGCGGCAAUCACGAAACCGUCGCGUAAGCGUAAACUCGUCGCGCUUGAGAUCGGCGAGGAUGGUGUCCCCAGAAAGAAGAAGCGCGAAAAGAAAAUCAAGGAUCCCAAUGCACCAAAGGGUCCCGCCUCCGCUUACAUCCUGUUCCAAAAUGAUAUUCGUUCUGCGUACAAGAAGGAACAUCCAGACAUGUCUAACAAGGAGUUGCUAAGACUCAUCGGUGACCAGUGGAAGACGUUGGCUGACGACAAAAAGGAUUUCUACCGUGAUCAGCACGGCAGGGCCAAGAAGAAACACGAAGUUGACCUUGCUGCCUAUAACGCCCAACACCCCGACCAAGUUCCUACAGAGGCCAAGGACAGCGGGAAGAAGAAGAAGAAAGACGAUGAGGAGUCAGACCAUCCUGUAACGAAAGAGGUUGCGAAGGCUGCUCCCAAGACUGCCAAGAAGGCUGCCGCUCCCGUACGCUCUUUCAUACCAGUUGUGACCUUUGCUGACGUUGUUGAUUAGAAGGUUGGCAAGGUCGUUCCGAAAUCUAAAGAGGUUGUUGAAAGUUCGGGAUCCGAGGCAGAGGAUGCGUCAGAAGUUGAAGCCUCAGAUGCGGAAUCGUCAGACGAUGAACCGGCCCCGAAGGCCAAAGCCAAGGCAACUACAGAUGAAGACUCCGAAUCCGAAUCGGAAGUUGAUACCUCUUCCGAGGAAGAGGUUCCUCCGCCUCCGCCUCCCGCAAAGAAGUCCAAAAAAUGAUGACAAGAUUUAUUGAGAGUUCUCUGAAUCGGUUCUACGUUGGUUAUCUUCGUAUGAUACAUAUACUUUACUAUUUCAUCAUCAGCAAGCAUAUGGCUUAUUGAUUCUUUUGAAUACUAUACAUACUAUUCUUCGAUGACCCUUCAGGCCAUUGGCCGGAUGGCAUCAUGUAGGGCUUACGUAUACUGUUAUAAACACGGCAAUGUCACCCAUUACGUGUGACUAUGAAA